AUGGAAGAGCGAAUUCAUCCCACCAACGUCGACGCACCACCGCCCACGGCGAAGAACUCCGGAGACACUUCUAAACCAGCGCCUAAUUCGAAGUCAGUGCCGCCGACUCCGUCGACUUAUGUAGUCCAGCUCCCCAGAGAGCAAAUCCUGCGCUAUCCACCACCUGAAACCGCACAGAAAUUCCAUUCCCUCACACGCGGGAAAAAACGUAGCUGCUGCCGCCGUUGCUGUUAUUUCACUCUCUGCCUCCUACUGCUACUCAUUGUCUCCGCUGCUAUUGCCGCCGGAGUGUUCUACCUCGUCUUCCGUCCAGAAGCGCCGAAGUACACGAUAACCUCCGUCGUUAUAAGAGGAAUGAAUCUGACAUCAGUGCCUUUCAUAUCACCGGAAUUUGACGUCAGUAUCAGGGCGGAGAAUCCUAACGACAAGAUCGGCAUAUACUAUACAAAAAACAGUGCCGUUAAAGUUUUUUAUAACGACGUUAAGCUAAGCGACGGCGUUUUUCCUGCUUUUUACCAGCCGAAGAACAACGUGACGGUAUUUCAAACGGCGUUGAAGGGGUCCAACAUAGUUCUGGGAAGCGCCGUUAAGACGACGUUAAUAAACGCGCAGAAUGAAAAUAUGGUGCCAUUGGUGGUGAGGCAAAAGGUACCCGUUAAACUUAAGGUGGGGUCCAUGAAAACGUGGAAAAUUACAACCAAGGUUAAGUGUGACGUCACCGUGGAUGCACUUAACGACAAAUCGAAUAUUGUAUCUAAAGAUUGUCAUUAUAGUGUGAGAUUAUGGUAG